AUGGACGAAUACAUAACUCUGAAAAUUCAUCAUAGUGGUGAGUUUACAGAUGAAGGUCGUAGUGUAUAUGAGAAUGGAGUAGUAGAUGAUUUGAAGGUAGAUGUAGACAGAUGGAGUUAUUUUGAGCUUGUUGGUGUAUUGAAAGACUUAGGUUACAGGGAGUUUGAAACAAUAUUUUACAAGGACCCACAAUUUGGGAUGAACCAACUUGUUGAUGACAAUGGUGUUUUAGAAGGAUAG